AUGGACAAGGAGAUGAUCUACGAGGCGGAGGCUGGCAAGGGGGUGGAAAUGAGGAGGAAAUCCAGCCCGCCGGUCGCCAAGGAGAAGGACUGCUGCUACUCGUCGCCCGACCACGCCCCCUCGCGCACGGUCAUCAAGGGCUACGUGCCCAAGGUGGCCGACACGACGGCCCUCCCCCACAAUGAGGGACCCAACGGGCGCAAGUGGCACACGGCGACGCAGAUGAAGAACAAGCUGAUCGUGCUGGGCGGCGAGGCCAACAACAAGCAGUUCAUGCGCGACAUCCUCGUGCUCGACCUCGACAACAUGCAGUGGAGCCGAUCCGCCGUCGCGCUGCCCGAGCCCGUCGCCGGACACAGCGCCGUGGCCGUCGGCGACAGCGUGUACUACUACGGCGGCAUCUCGCGCCAGGGCGUCUACUACGGCACCGUGUACCGCGUCCGUUGCGAUGCAACCGGCGAGCCAACCAGCAUCGAGGAGGUCCCCACCCGCUUUAACAACAACAAUUCCAACAAUGCGGCCGCUGCCGCCGCCGCCGCGGCCGUGCCCGUGCGACCGUGCAGUCGCGAGGGCCAGACCUGGACCCUGAUCUCGCCUACCAAGGUGCUCAUGUUCGGCGGCUUCGGUCUGCGCAACGGCAUCCGCGACUUCUUCAACGACACCCACGUGCUCGACACGGAGACGGGUCUCUGGACCAAGCUUGAAACGACCGGCACCGCGCCCACGCCGCGCUUCUACCACUCGGCCUCGCUCGUGGGCACCAACAAGCUGUGGGUCCACGGCGGCUGGACCGGCUACGCCCGCGAGAACGACUUCUACGUGCUUGACCUUGAGAAGCUCAAGUGGAAGCGCGUGGUGCCGCUGAACAACUCGAAGCCGGAGCGUGACGAGACGGGCGAGUGGUACGACCACGCCUGGGAGAACGAGCAGGGCGGCGAGAUCCUGCCCCGCUCCGAACACGCCACCGUGGUCAUGGGCAAGAAGAUCAUCAUCAUCGGCGGCAUGGGCGCCCACUUCGUCCGCGACGACAUCUGCAUCAUCGACACCGAAAAUCUGACGUGGCGCGAGGUGCCCUCUGAGUGUAGCGGCGAGAUGAUGCCCAGGUCGGGCCUCUCGGCGUCGCUGAUCGACACCCGCAUCUACGUGAUCGGCGGCCACCACGACUUCACGAUCCACAACAACGUGUUCCUCCUCAAGACCGAGCGACCCAUCGAGCGCAAGGAGGUCUACGCCCAGGGCUCCUUCCUCCAGGACAUGUCCUUCCUCUGGGAGAACCGCCAGUUCUGCGACCUCACCCUCGUGUUGGAGGGGCAGGAGGUGCAGGUCCAUCGGGCGCUGCUGUGGGUGCGCUGCGCCUACUUCCGUUCGAUGUUCAGCAGCGGCAUGACCGAGACGAAGAAGGACCGGAUAGAGCUGGCCGGCGUGCCGCUGCAGUACUUCAUGUACCUGCUCGAGUUCAUCUACACCUCGCAGUGCAGCCCGCUGUCGACGAUGAGCGAGUGCGACGACGACGAUCUCGACACGGUGAAGGGCAUCCUGGUGCUGGCCAACGAGUUCAUGAUGGAGGACCUCGUGGCCCAGUGCGAGAACAAGCUGAUCGACAUCAUGGACUGCAACAACGUCGUGCCGCUGCUCGAGCUGGCCUCGUUCUACUUCGCGUCGACCCUGCGCUCGGCCUGCGUCAACUUCAUCUCCAACAACUACGAUAUCGUGUCCAAGACGAUGGAGUUCGACGACCUCCCCUCCGAGACCAAGGACGAGGUCAAGAGGCUCAAGGCCCUCUAA